AUGAGAGGAUACAGAACCAUCAAGUACACCCUGUUCAUCUUCUGCUACUUCUUCUGGGUGGUGAGCGCCGUCCUCAUCGCGGUGGGGAUCUACGCCAAGAUCGCCAAAGAGAAACAUGUGGUGGACACUCUGACAGCAGAUCCCGCUCUGCUGUUGAUCAUCAUCGGCUCCAUAAUGUUCCUCAUCACGUUCCUCGGAUGUUUCGGGGCGUUGCGUAACGCCACCUGCCUGCUGAAGACGUUUCUGGGGACCCUAACAGCGAUCCUCGUGGUGCAGGUCGCUGCUGCAGCCGUGGGAUAUCGCUUCACUGACAUGGUGAUGGAGAGGACGGAGAGGCUGAUGAUGAAUACCAUCCUCAGUUACAGAGAGGAUCCUGACCUGGAGAACGCCAUCGACUUCGUCCAGAAGAAGUUUCAGUGCUGUGGGGUGGAGAGUUACAAAGACUGGGGACAUAACAUCUACUUUAACUGUUCGGACACUAACCCCAGUCUGGAGGCCUGCGGCGUUCCUUUCUCCUGCUGCGUCGGACUUCAGAACCAGACGGUGCUGAACACCAUGUGUGGUUACGGCGUGCAGCAGCUGGAUUGGAGCUCGGCGGCUGAGGAGGUUUUCACCGUCGGCUGCCUGGAGAAGAUCGCCUCGUGGACAAAGAACAACCUGCUGCUGGUCGCCGCUCUGACCGGCGGCCUGCUGCUGCUCGAGGUCGGGAUGAUGUGUCUGGCUGCGGCUCAGAUCUCCAGAAUUAAAAAAGUCCAACAACAGAGGAAAGACAACGCGUCCACAAGCAGAUCAGAACGAAAGGACAGCUACUGGUUUCCCGCUUUCGCAGAUUUCGAUGACGAAUGA